AGCACCAUUCCCAGUAGAGACGGGAACCUGUCUUCUUCCCCGUCCGUCCGGUCCUCCGCUUAUAAAACACGCCACCCACCUUCCCCAAUCUUCCUCGCAAGCAUCCAAGAAAAGCAAACCAAACCAGGCCCAAACCGGCAAGAAAGAAACACACCAGCCAAGCAAGAAACCUCCCCGCCGCCGGAGAUGUCGCAGCUGAUCGAGGACCACCGCUCGGGCGCGGAGGUGCACUCCGGGCACGAGCUGUGCGCGCGCAAGUCCCGCGAGCUCAUGGUGGAGCUGGGCCUCCCCGACGGGCUCCUCCCGCUGCCAUCCCUCGACGAGGUGGGCUACAACCGCUCCACGGGCUUCGUCUGGCUCCGCCAGGCCGCCGGCGUCACCCACGCCUUUGACACCAUCGGCAAGCAGGUCUGGUACGACAGGGAGGUGACGGCCUUCGUGGAGCCCGGCCGGAUGCACGGUCUCACCGGGGUCAAGAGCAAGGAGCUCCUCAUCUGGGUCACCAUCUCCGAGAUCGUCGUCAGCCCCUCCGGCACCAAGGUCGUCUUCCGCACCCCCGCCGGGCUCGGCCGCGCCUUCCCCGUCACCGCCUUCCAGCUCAACCCGGCGCCCGAGGGGGACAAGGAGGACGAGGCCGCCGCCGCAGCCAACUGAUCUGCUUCCGGCGGGCGGGCCCUCGAUCUGGCCGUGCCGCGGCGAGAUCUGGUGCGGCAACUGUGUUGUGCCCCGGGGCUGUGUGAGCUGAGCAAUCUCCUCUGCAUCUGCGGUGUAAUGGUAGUGGAUGAUGCAGGAAUAAACCGUGUCCAUGGAUUCAGGGUUCAUAAUUGUGUGUGCUUAGCACUGCAGUGAUGCUGCAGCUUGAUCUUGUACUGAUUCAGAGCUCGUCCGCCUCAUUUCCUGUUUCGGUUUGGAACGAAAUUGCAUUGGCUUGUCUGUUUCGUUGCC